CAGCCAAUGAGAAUGCCCUUUCCCAUCCUUUUCAACUUCCGGGACCACCUCCCACCCUCUUCCGGAUUGCUUAGCGUGACCGACGUUUCGUGUCUAUUUAGACUUAAAAAAUGCGUUACGUGGCCGCUUACCUGCUCGCUGUUCUCGGUGGGAACACCAAGCCCUCCGCAAAAGACAUCAAGGAGAUCCUGAGCAGCGUGGGAAUUGAGGCCGAUGAUGAACGCUUGAAUAAAAUAAUUAGUGAACUGAAUGGAAAAGACAUCAACGAAGUCAUGAAUUCAGGCCUCUCCAAGUUAGCCUCUGUACCAGCAGGUGGUGCUGUAGCAGCACCGGCGGCAGCUGCUGGUAGUGGGGCCACUGGAACUGGGGCUGCACCUGCUGCUGUGGAAGAGAAAAAAGAAGAGAAGAAAGAGGAAUCUGAAGAGUCAGACGAAGACAUGGGCUUCGGACUCUUUGAUUAAUCGUCCUUCUCAGUGUAUAAAAAGCAAUAAAAAUGUAAAAGGUUUACACAGAUA